GACCUCAGGGGCCUUGGGGGCGUAGUGGUGCUGAGCGUGUACCUACGCGACGGGGAGGGCCUCUCGGCGAACAACCUAGGCAUCUUUUGGCAGCUGGCCCAGUACCUCGGCGUGCUGGAGGCGGAGGGCUACCACUGGGCGGUCAUGGGAGACUGGAACAUGGAGGCGGACGUCCUGGACUUCGGUUGGAUCCGCAAGCUGCGUGCGCAGAUUCGGGUCGCUGACGCCCCCACCUGCAGGCAGGGCAGCUGCUCCAAGAUUGAUUAUUUCGUGGUGUCCAAGAGCCUGGCUUGCUUUGCGGCGGCGCCGCCGCGGCUGGACAGGGGCGCCAGCGCGUGGCCCCACUGGCCUGUCCACCUGCCAUUACGGGCGUUGCGGGUGGAGACGCGUCAGCAGGUGCUGGAUGAGCCGGGGGCAGUUCCCAGGGAGCCCGCCCAGCCUGGCUGUGCCCGUGGCCCCUGGCGCUGGACGGAGGUGAUGCGCUGCGUCCAGGCCGCGCGCGACGACCAAGGCCUGCAGAUCAUCUGGGACCUGCUGCUGGAGGGGGUCGAGGCGGGGAUCCUCGACGGGCCACCCCAGAAGCAGAAGCUGCGGGGGCCAGAGGCCCACGCCUGGGCGGCGCUGGCUGGGUGGGCGUCCGAGCUCCUCAGCAAACGGGGCCGCCUAGGCAAGCUGCUGGCAGCACUGUGCAGCCACAGGCAAGAAGAAGGCAGAGAGGCGGUCGCGGCGAGGGACGAGUGCAUGAAGUCUAUCGCGGCCACCGUGGCGCAUCUCAAGAUGUUCCUGGCGGACAUCGAGGACCAUGUUCACUGGCGAGCCCUGCCGCCGCGGGCACAACUGCCUUUCCGAGUCGACGCCAACUGGGCAGAGGCAGGCUUCGAGCGGGGCCUCAAGCGCGCGCUGGCUGAGGCGAAGGAGAAGCAGAGGAAGCUGGUUCAAGCCGACGAGGCCCGCUCGAAGGAGCGGGUGGACGAGGCCUUCCGUGGCGGCGCUGGCGCGGCGCAUGCGACCUCCAAGGUGCCUGUGCUUCAGGAGGUGCUACCCGCGCUGCAGAAGGAAGGCUCGGCGGCCUUAGUGGACAGGGAGGUGAAGCCGUGGAUCGACACCUGGAACUACCGCGGCCUCGCCAGCAUGGAGCUUCCCCUCGACGCGCAUGCAUGGGACAUGCUGCCGCCGCUGCAGCUGCACGGUGUACGCGAUGUGAUGCGUUCUUUCCCAUGGCGCACAGGGGUGGGCCAGUCGGGCAUUCCGCCGAGGGUGCUGGGGGAUCUCUCCGACGGUGCCCUGCACGCCAUGAUCGCGGUCUACCGCACGUGCGAGGAGCUCCUCGCGUGGCCGAGCGGCCGCCUCAUCAACACCAUGGUGAGGCUGUCUAAGCCCGACGGGGGCUGCAGGCUGAUUGGCCUCAUGCCGACCUUGGUGCGAGUGUGGGGCCGAGCCAGAAGGCCGAUCACCAAGGCCUGGGAGCUUGUCCAUCCCUCGGCCUUGGUCUGGGGCACGGGCCCUGGACGCUCGAGCUCUGACUCUGCGUGCGAGCUGAACCUGGCCUUUGAGCAGGCUCGCCUUGGCGGCAGGGACUCGGCCCAUGUUGUCGUCUGGAAGGCCUACGAGCUGGUGGCGCCCGAGGCGCAGCUGGUGGAGGCCCGAGCGCUGGGGUUCCCUAUGAGGCUGGUCUGGAUGCUGCUGAUCACCUAUCGGCAGCCAAGAACGCUGGCGGCGUUCAACACCACGUCGGACCUCUUCGUGGCCUGGCAGGGGAACAUCGCAGGGUGCGGCCACGCCAGCUCGCUGCUGCUGGUGCUCACGCUCCGUGUGCUGCAGAGAGCGCACUCCAUUGCGCCGUCGGUGACGCCGCGUGGCCUGGUGGACGACGCCACCCUGGGCUGGAGCGGACCACGUGGCGUGCCUGGCGACAGCCUGUCCGAGGCGCUCAAGAGCUUCUCGUUGAGCAUGGUGGAGCUCAAGCUAGUCAUGCAGCCGCAGAAGUCGGGGUGCCUGGCUUCCUCCGGGCAGAGGGCGCGGCUGCUGGCGACCUCCAUGCGGAGCGCGGGCCUCGCGGAGAAGUUCUGGGUGCGCAACCUAGGGCGCGAGCUCCACGGGCGGAAGGUGCUCCGCACACAUGAGAAGCGCCGCCUGCAGGCCCUCGCGGCCAGGCGCAGCCGGGUGGCCAUGCUCAUUCGGGCCGCUGGGAGGCGGGCAGCGGCGCUGGUAGCCGCGGGCCUGUCCCUUCGGCUGGCCAUGCGGCGCGUGGACUACGAUCCGAUCUAUGCAGCCGCCAUCCCGCUGGUGACGCGCCUGGCCAGCCGCGUCUGGGAGGGCCGAGGCCCGCUCGGGGCCACGUGGCUCGCGCUCGGCCGCAUCGGCUGGACGAUGACAGCGGCGUGGGCGCUGCAGACCGACCUGGGCGAGACGCUGUCCAUGCUGCGGGUGGCCCCUCGGGACAUCAAGGGCGCGCUGGUGGAGGGCAUCCAGCGCUGGCAGUGCAGCCACCUGCCCGAGGGCCAGGGCGAGACCCUCUGGCCUAGGGCAGUCCGCGCCAUUGCGUGCAAGGCGCGGCCCGCGGCGGAGCCGGGCCUGCGGGGAGCCAAGGACACGCUCAUGCACAGGUGGUGCGUAUGCCCUGCUCUCAUGGUGCCGCAGGGUGAGGAGCUGGAGCACCAGGAGCCGUUCCGCAUGCCGAUUGUGGAGAUGCGCCACCAGCUGGAGGAGGCCGAGCAGAAGUGGACCAUCGGGGAUAGCGAGCUGUCGCUGGCGUACGGCCUGCCGCUGCUGCCAGCCAUGCCGCCGCCUGCGCCGUCGGAGAACGUGGUCGUCGAGUGGGGCGCCGCGCAGGCGGCCUGCGGGCCGCUGCCUGGGCCGCGCCUGACGGUGGGGAGGGCAGAGCGGCAAGCGUGCCUAGUGCCCCUGGUGCAGGCGGGCUCCGUCCAGGUCAUCGUCAGCGUCCUGCAGGCCCUGGUCACGGAGGGCAACGACUGGUCCCCGAUGGCGCAAUCGGCCAGGGCACGGCACGCCAGCAUCUGGCGCCAGUUCCAUGCGGCUGCAGCGAGGCGCGGGGGACCGCCGCCGCGCUUCCGAUGGGUGCCCGCCCGCCGCAGCCUCCAGCAAGCGCUGGGCGAGGGCUUGCGGCCCCUGGGCUGGCUCGGGAACUGCUGGGCGGACUUCUUCGCCAACCUCGGCGCGGAGGGGGCCAGGCUGCCCAACGGCGCGGUGGAGGCGUUGCACGCGGAGCUCCAGCGCGCCCUGGAUACGGCCACGUUCCUGGGCUGGGCGGCGGCGCGCAUCUGCCAGCUGGACCUGUGGAGGCUCCCCCGGGAAGAUGGGAUACUCCAGCGCCAACAGGCACGGACGCUGCUGGACUGCAGACCCUGCCAGCCUACGGAGCUGGGCAGGAUGCGGGCCCGCUGCAGUCAGGGGCGGCCGCUGGCGAGCUCAGCAGCUGUCAGCGCGAGCCUGCAGGCGGCCGAGCGCCCGGAGGAGGAGGGGCUCCUGCCUAUGAGCGGGGCGCCCACCACGGCAGAGGGCCAGAGGUGGACGAUGCAGCAGAAGGUUGACUACCUGCGGGGGGCGGCCAAGGUGCCCCUGCUGCGGGCCCUGCCGACGUGGAGGCGACUAGGCCGCCACGGGCACAGAGGACACGGCGACCUGAACCUCGCCCCGAUCGAGGAGGGCAGCGAUCUCUUCGCCUUCGAAGCGUGGGGCCGCUCGGGGCCGUUGGAGGCCGCCCUGGGCAUGCUGGCUAGCAGCUCCUGGAUCGUCGAUCUGAUGGGCCAGGCCCUGGCUUACGCGUCCUGCAUGGAGGAGUGCGUCGAGUAUGUUUACAGGCUGCUGGACGAGGGGGUCUACCGCGGCUUCUUCGCGCAUGACAGCGACGAGAUGCGCAGCGCGGAGCGCCUGGGGCGGGCCGAGGAGUUCUGCGAGAGAGGCUGGCGGGACGGCGGGCCAUUCAGGGAUGCCCGCAUCGACGAGACGCUCCAGCUGGAGGGCGAGGCCAGGCAAGUCAAGCCCCAGCGGCUGCGUGGCGACCACGCUGCGGCGAGUGAUUUCCUGUGCGACCGUAGCAGCGCACGGCGCGCUGGGGGCAGACGCGGGCCUUUCUACUUCACCUUCUUCGAGCCCGUGGGCGGAGCGUAUGCGGCGAGGGCGCUCGAGGUCUCGGACGAGCGGCCGUGCCAGCCAGCCAGCCGCAGGGCCCCGCGGGAGGCCGAGCUGCUCCGCAGGGGCUUGCGCUGCCGCGGCCAAGCGCGGGGCCGACCCGUGGUCCACAACGAGGCCGAGCGCAGCGGCAGCCCCGACCCCGGCGCAGCGAUCGGCCUGGAGGUUCUGUGCAGCAUGCAGAGGGCCUUCGCGAGCUGCUGGGUGUUCGACCUGUGCGACUCGGAGGCCGCGGAGGACUCCUGGAUGGCAUGGGCGGCGCAGUAUGCCCUCGCAUGGCUGGCCAGGCCCGACAAUGUGGAUACGAGGGCAGUGGUUUCGAGGCGUGCAGGCUCCAUAGGCUUGCGGGCGCUGGUCCAGGCGAUGGUCAGGCAAGCGUGGCUCUUGAAAGCGGACGUGCGGCGCAUCGCAGUGGGGCACCUGAUGAGCCUGGAGACCCUGGGGGAGUGGCUGCACGUAGCCGCCAUGCAGUCGGCCACGCUGGACGACGUCUGCUGCACCAUGGAGGACGUCAUCGGCGAGGCGGUGGUCAACCUGCCCGCUCUGCCUGGCUUCGCUGGUGCCCUGCCUGGCCUGGGCCCCGCUGGCUCCAGCGGGCAGCCAUCCCGCCAAGCUGGCUUGCCGCGGCCCCGGGGCCUUCGCGGCCGAGGGGUCGAGGCAUUGCGGCGGUCGUGGCCAGGCACUUGGCACAACCCGCAGCUGCCGCUAGUGAACGCGAUGCAGGGCGGGCCUGAUGCCCUGGGCAGCGACAGCGACGGCGCGGGCGACUGGCCGCACCCCGAUGCGGCGCCGUCUGGGCUGCCUCCGCCCCCGCCUGCGGCCGCAGCGGUUCAGGCACCGCCGACGCAGCCAGAGGGGGCGGAUCAUGGAGUUCGAGGCGUUGCCGAUGCUGUGGGGGGCGACGACCCUGUGCUGGCUGUGCAGCUAGCCGAGGUGCACCUAUGGCACGGCCUGCGAACGGCGGGGCAGUAUGCUUUCUGCUGCAAGUGCGGGGCCUUCGCGCAGCUGAAGGGCGUGGACCGCGCCAAGGGCCUGAAGGCGGAGUGCGGCGGCCGCUUGCUGCUAGGGCCGCAGGCCACGGCUGGGGAGAAGAAGAAGAGGCUCUACCUGGGCCGUCUGCUGAGCGGCAAGGACCCGUACACUGG